AUGUACGGUAAGAGUGGGCCGCCACCAGAGGGCUAUGUCCCCCAGCACCCACCAGCACAGGGCUAUGCGCCCCACAACCCGCCACCUGGUUAUGUCCACGAAAAUCCUUUCCAGGAGCCCGUUCCGCAGGGACAGGAGUAUUCUCCGCAGGGACAACAGUAUCAAUUCCGCAAGGACCAGUACUACAACUUGGAUCACCAGGGGUCUGGGGCUCCAAUUGGGGAUGCGUCGUUCGAGGAUAAGUUUCCAACGGAGGCCGGGAAUAGGCUGAAGUUCAACGACUGGCCGUUCACCAUCAUCUUUCUGUUGACGGUGGGUGCGUUCAUCGCGGUGGCGGUGCUAACGCUGCGCGGCUGGAGCCUGUCGCCGACGUCCAACGGAUCCGGAAUAUAUGACGGCGACAACACGCAUACGCUAAACACGAAUGCGGCCAUUUUAUUGUUGAUUUCGUGUGGUGUGGCGGUCGCUCUGAGUGUAUUCGGCCUCGUGCUUGCGGGCAUGUACACGAAGUUCUUUAUCUACGCUGCUAUGAUUUUGAAUACCGUAGUGGGUUUAGGUACCGCCAUUACGUACUUGGUGUUGCGUCACUGGUCUGCGGGUAUUGUGUUUAUGAUAUUUACCAUUCUGACGGCGGUGUGCUACUGGUUAAUGCGCUCAAGGAUUCCAUUUAGUGUCGCUGUCUUGCGUACGGUCAUGUCAGUUAUGAAGAAACAUCCACAGACGUGGCUUGUGUCAUUAUUAGGUACCAUUGUGUCGGCUGCGUUCUCUGUCAUAUUCUCUGUAGUGUUGGUUGCGACCUACAUAAAGUAUGACCCGAAGAGCGAGAAUGGUGGCUGCGAUGUAUCUGGUGGCUCUUGCUCACGUGGAAAGUUAAUUGGUAUUUUGGUACUCGUUUUCUUCUGUGGAUUCUACAUUUCUGAGGUCAUCAGGAAUGUGAUUCAUUGCACCAUCGCGGGCAUCUACGGCUGCUGGUACUAUUUUUCGAAGUCGGACCAAGGCAUGCCACGUUGGCCAGCUUUUGGCUCAUUAAAGAGAGCGUUGACCACUUCCUUUGGGUCCAUUUGCUUUGGCUCGCUGAUUGUGUCUCUGAUUCAACUACUGCGGCAGAUUAUUCAGCUGCUUCGCAAUGGGAUUAUUUCCGGGAUAUCCGACAGUGGGUGGAUGCAGUGCUUGUGGUUAAUCUUGGAUGCCGUUGUUGGUGUCUUUGAAUGGAUGGCAGAGUACUUCAACCACUAUGCCUACUGCUUCAUUGCGUUGUACGGGAAACCAUACCUACGCGCCGCGAAGGAAACCUGGCACAUGCUUAGAGAAAAGGGUAUUGACGCUUUGAUCAACGAUAACUUGAUCAACUUGGCGCUAGGGUUCUACACCCUCUUUGUGGGAUACACGACGGCUCUGUUCUCCUACUUGUUCUUGAGAUUCACAAAACCUGACUACAACUCUGGUGGUGGCUUCAACGCAGUUCUGAUGGCGUUUUCAUUCCUAAUUGCCAUACAGCUCACACAUGUCGCUACAGAAACUAUCAGGUCAGGGACAGCUACGUUCUUCGUUGCCUUGGGUAAUGAUCCAGAGAUAUUCCGUGUUUCAUACCCACAACGCUUUGACGAAAUAUUCAGAGCAUACCCCGAUGUCCUAAACAAACUCUCACAUCAACAUGUGUAA